UAUAUAUACUUAUACUGUUGAUCAGACUCGAGCAACAGUGAGUGAAGUACUACGACACAAUAAGUAUUCCAAAAUAGUUGUUUUGUCAUUGGGAACUGGAACACCAGAAACUCAGCAGAUUUUCAAUGUUGAAAUGGCUGCCACAUGGAGCAAUCAAACAUGGCUUAUUCCUUUGAUCAUUUUUCUUGAUCGUGCAACAACCUCCAUGAAUGAAUACUAUCAUGGUUCACUCUUCCGAAAACCUACCAUUAACUACCUUAGAAUUCAGGAAUACGAAUUGGAUCCUGCUCUCACAGACAUGAUUAAUGUUGCAAAAGAAAACAUGGAGGGUCUUGAAGAGGCUGGGAAAGAACUUUUAGAAGAAAAAGUAAAGAAGAUCAAUUUGGACAGUUUCUGUGUAGAAGAAGGCGUAGGAACAAAUGCUGAGGCUCUUGACAGGCUUGCUGAUAUUUUGUAUGGAGAAAGACAGCAUCGUCUGAAACAGAAAUCUAUGGAAAAAGGAAGAAGACCAUUUCUUAGGGUUCCUUCAGACAAAAGUGAAGCUAAUUGGGCAUUUCUAAAGAAGAAAGUUAUGUGAUUUGAUUAGUAUUAGUUAUCCAUGCUUGUUGUACUAUCUACAGAAUAAGGCUGAAGGCAUAUAUAUGUGAGUUAUGUGCAACUCUUAUAGCCAGCAAGAACCAUGAAUAAUUAAUAUACCAACCUAUCUAUUGUAAAAAGAAGGUUAACUCUAUGUCAGUUCUUCUAAUUAAGAAGUUAUUACUUUUUGUUUUCCUGUAUUCUAAAGAAUAUAAGAUGUUUGUGUGAUUAUGAAUGA